UAAAAUACUUAGUUUUGUGAAUCAAUCCGAAAGGAGUGUAAUGUAAACAGAGCUUAAUUUGUUUACCGUUUUAUUCCUAUUUUCUAGUUCUGUUGACCUUUAUUUAUACAAAUUGUAUUACUAAAAGUCGUCUAUUUACAUUUCUUGUAUGGGAUUUAUAUAAAACUAUACUAUCAUUUAAAAAAAAAUCGAAAUCACUUCGCCAAAAAUGUGUGAAGUUAUAGUUUUGUACGAGGGAUAUUCGGUAAUGACCGGGAAAGACCAAAUGUCAGCUAAUUGUAGUUGUACAUUAAUAAAAGGAGCUAACAAUAUUAUAAUAGACACAAUGACUUCUUGGGAUGGCCAAAAAAUUUUAGCUGCAUUAGCAAAAAAUAAUGUAAGCCCAGAAAACAUAAAUUAUGUCAUUUCUACUCAUGGACAUUCAGAUCACAUUGGUAACAACAAUCUCUUCUUGUUGGCAAAACAUAUAGUUGGCUUCAGUGUAUCUUUCAAUGAUGAAUACCACAUGCAUCCUUUUGAUAAAGGAGAGGAGCUUAGAAUCGAUGACAAUGUGAGAGUUAUACCUACUCCAGGUCAUACACUAUCCGAUGUCACUGUGCUUGUCAAAGCUGUUGGUGGUGCGACAAUAGCUAUAGUUGGAGAUCUAUUUGAAAAAUUUGAUGAUAUACAAAAUCCGAAUUUAUGGAUGGAAGCAGGCAGUGAGGAUCCCGUACGUCAAAUGCGUAACAGGUCGAAGGUAGCCAAUAUGGCGGACUGGAUUGUACCUGGUCAUGGACCACAGUUUCAGGUCACAGACCAAAUACGACAGACUCUAAGAAAACAGAUUGGUCCUAGUCAUUCGUAAAUGUGUUAUUAUAAAAUGAAAAUGAUUUUAUCGUUUAGAUAAGUUUAAAAUUUAAAAUAAUCAAUAAAAUUAUGACAUAAGGC